AUGGAAGUGGCGGGUUAUUACGACGAGGGCAGCUUUGCUUUCCACGGUCGAGACAGCAUAAUCACCCCCGUGAGCGCGCACUGGAGACUGGGCGACUCCAUGACGGAGCUGGGUCUGGAGGAGCGUGAGAGAGCAGACUUCAGUGUGUACCUGGACUCAGGGCUGCACUGUCCGCAGCUGGCCACGCAAGCGCAAUCUCAAGGGGACCUCUUCACGGACUUUUUGGCGGAGAAUAAAAUCAAAAGAGCGGGUGCUUUGCAAAACUAUAAGAACUACGCGCUCCUGGAAGCGAGUCAUUGCGACAGUUUGAGGGACCCCAGGGAGCCGUACGCACAGUACGCAGACCUGCGUGAGCCCCGUGAGGACAGAGCCGCAGACAGAGACGAAAGUGAAGACAGGAAGAUGGAGAACGGCUCGUCCUUUGACAUGAGGUCCUACCUGCACUACUCAACUCCCAGCGGCAGCAUGGGAAACAUCUCCACCGCUUCCUCCAGCUGCUCCAGUCCGCCCGGAACCCCCGCGCCCUCGUCGAAGGGCAGGUCACCAUCCCAUGGGGCUGGGAAGAUGUCCAACGGCAAGUCCAAGAAGCGCCUGGACAAGGACAGCGACGAGUACAGGAUGAGGCGUGAGAGGAACAACUUGGCUGUGAGGAAAAGCAGGGAUAAAGCCAAAAUGCGUAACUUGGAGACGCAACAUAAAGUGCUGGAACUGGCUGCGGAGAAUGACCGUUUACAGAAGCGUGUGGAGCAGCUGUCCCGGGAGUUGGCCACGCUCAGAAACUUAUUAUCUGCUACGGGACAGUGUUAG